AGAAAAACAGAUCUUCCCUUUUGGUACAGCUCCCCCUACACAUGGUAAAAUGAGGAAGUGAGGGGAAUCCAAGAAAGAGGAAAGGGAGUGAACAUGCUCAGGAGGUGGACAGAAAAUCUGGCUCCACACCCAGCCCCUCCCACAUCUCUGUGUGUGUUCCAGUUACGGUCUAGUCUUAUUAUUUGCUGUGCCGAGUUGAGGAAAUGGGAUGUUCAGUGCUGCAGAACUUUGAUUCUCAUACACAAAGAUCAGCAGGAUGUGUCAUGUGUGUGGCUCCUCCUUUGGUCCUUCCCACCCCAGUGGUGCAGGAUCUAGUUCUUUCUGUCCCACAUUUGGCCACUCCUGCCUGUGCAACAAAGUCAAGAGUCACGUCCUUCAUCCUUUCCAAAGCUCUGGCAGCCUCAAAGGCUGUGUGUUUGUCUAAGAAUGGACAUGAAAUAUGAAAACUUUCAGGAGCUGGGGAGUGAGAAGAAAAACCCAGAAAUUAGAAAAGCUCCACCUCUCCAGAGUAUACUGGGGAAUUUCUGCCAUGGGCCCUACCUCAGCCUCAUCUCCCUGUGCCUCAGUCUCUUGCUGCUGGUAGUUGUCUGUGUGAUUGGACACCAAGGUUCUGGCUUACAGAAAGAUCUGAUAACCCUGAGAACAAAUUCCAGCAAUUUCACCUCAGCCCAUGAAGCUAACAUCCAGCAACUGACUUCCAAAUUUGAUGCGUUGCAGAAAACCAUAAGUUCACUGAAAGCAGAGGUGGAGGAUCACAGGGAGGAACUGCAGGCGGGCCGUAGCUUGAACCUGACGGUGGCUUCUCUCAAAAGCACUCUGCAGAAAAAGGAGCAGGAAUUCAAAGAAGAUCAAUCUCAGAUGCGCACACGGAUCCAGGAGCUGGUAAAAGACCUGCGGUCCCUGUCCUGUGAGUUGGCUGAGCUCAGGAGCAAUGGCUCCAGGACCUGCUGCCCCCUUAACUGGAUGGAGCACGAAGGCAGCUGCUACUGGUUUUCUCAAUCAGGAAAGUCCUGGGAUGAGGCUAACAAGUACUGCCAGAUGGAGAACGCCCACCUAGUGAUGGUGAACUCCUUGGAGGAGCAGAAAUUUAUCCAGAGCAACACGAGACGCAUAAGCACCUGGAUGGGCCUAACUGACCGAAGUGGGUCCUGGAAGUGGGUGGACGGGUCUGACCUCGACGGCGGAUUUAAGAACUGGAGUCCAGAGCAGCCAGAUGACUGGUACGGACAUGGGCUGGGAGGAGGCGAGGACUGUGCCCACUUCACCGGGGACGGGAGCUGGAAUGAUGACGUCUGCCGGAGGCCCUACCACUGGAUCUGUGAAACAGAACUGAGCCAGCCCAGCUAAGAGCCUUCCUUGCUGUAAUUUAUUUCCUCAAUGCCUUGAAAUGCUAAGAUCAAGUGUUAAGAAUCAUUUCUGGGGAGGGGCGCCCUUCAUUUUCAGGGGGAAUUUCACCUAGCAUUUUAAAGAGAGGGAAAACGAUGGUGUCUAAGGAAUGUACUGUGAAAUGUAUAGUGGUUGGGAGAAUGAAAUCUAUAUUUUGUACAGUGUGCCGCUUAUUAAUGUCAUCUUUUUCUUCUUAAAGUAAAAAGAAUAGAAAUAUAGCCAAAUAUCUUAUGCACUGUCUGGUUACUGGGGGUUUGGAGCUGAGAGUAGCCUGUCUGGCAGAAGGAAGACUUUGGGAGGAAGUGAGAACUGACAGGGCUUUGGGCCAGUGGUCUACUGAGGAGCCUGGCUUUGUUACUUACAGGUGUGU